AUGGUGGAGAAGACGGCGGCCAUGGCCGGCGGCGCCGGGGAGGCCGGGCCGGCGGGCCUCGGGACGGAGGAGCAAGUGCGGCGGCGGUUCCACCGGCACGAGCCCGGCGGCGGGCAGUGCUCCUCCGCCGUCGCCAUGCGCAUCAAGGCGCCUGUCCACCUCGUUUGGUCCAUAGUGAGGAGAUUUGACGAGCCACAGAUAUUCCAGCCCUUCGUGCGCGGCUGCAGGAUGCGAGGGAACAGUAGUAGUGUCGCCGUCGGUUGUGCGCGAGAGAUCGACUUCAAGUCUGGUUUCCCCGCCACAAGUAGCGUAGAGAGGCUAGACAUUUUGGACGACAAGGAGCGCAUCUUCAGCGUCAGGAUCAUUGGAGGUGAUCAUAGGCUCAAGAACUACUCGUCGGUGGUGACGGUGAACCCGGAGGUGAUCGACGGGCAGGCGGCGGCGCUGGUGGUGGAGUCGUUCGUCGUCGACGUCCCCGAAGGGAACACCGCCGACGAGGCGCGCCACUUCGUCGAGUUCCUCAUCCGCUGCAACCUCCGCUCGCUCGCGCUGGUUUCUCAACGCCUCCUGCUAGCUCUUCCCGAUCAACGAUCAAAUUAACUGGAUUCAUUUCAUUUCAGACGACGCGAGUUCGUCUGAUAUUUGUUCGGUUUCUUUUCUUUUUUUUGCCGUAUUUAUAGACGAAUCAAAUCAGAGUGAUGUAUCAGCUCCAUGCAUGCAUGCGUUACCAAAUAUUUUCAGAUCAGGUUAAUUCGGUGAGGAAGUUUUAGCGACUUGCUAUAUAGCAAACUCCACCACAGCACAAAUGUUGAAAAUUUGUGUGAUUUUUGAGUGCGGGGAUCGUCAACGGCUCUGGCUCAUAGUUAAA